ACCACGUUCCCAUCCGCAAGAAAGGUUAUUGUGUUUGGUAUGAUCAUUGUCCUUAUCCCCGACCCUAUCCGCACUAUCUAGCACCAGGCCUGAAUUGCCUCUAUAACGGACCAGCGAAAACAAUGAAUGACACCAAAGGUAUUCAGCUACUCCAAGAACUUUGUCCACAGUAUGCKGCAGAUAGGAAGACAUGUUGUUCCACAAAUCUUCUCGUUGCUCUGAAGGAUAAGUUUGGCUAUUUUUCAAAAGAAUGCCCCGCCUGUCAUCAGAAUAUGAUGAACAUGUUGUGUAAAUUAACAUGCAGUCCUGAUCAGUCCCUCUUCAUGGAUCCAGUGAGGGUGAUACCUUAUAAGUCAGAUAUUACAAUCGCCAUGUUGAAAGCCUACGUCUCACCCAUGUUUAAGCAGAUGCUACUUGACUCAUGCAAGGAUGUUCUCGGUUUUUAUUCAAGGCGGAGCAGCAUAAUACGACGUUUGUGCUAUGUGGAUGUUCCAAUGUGCACUCCGAAGAAACUGUUCGAUCACAUGUUCUCUGCCCGGACUGAAAUCUACUCUAAAGCCGCGCUACUUUUGCCGGAUAUUCUCCCGAAGAAAAUGAAAUGGAUGGACGUCAAGGCAUACAGAUGCAACGAAAGUUUCAUUACUCCUUGGAACAACCAAACAAAGCCGAGUUGCAGUUGUAAAAGUUGUAUGCGUGGAUGCCCGAAACCAACUCCUGGACCAAAAUACGCUGGAAGCAAUUCUCUCGUCCAUAAGAAAGGCCAUUGCAUUUGGUAUGACAAAUGCCAAKAUAAUAAAUAUCUUGACUAUGAAUACUGCCUUUAUAAUGGACCAGCAAAGACUUUGAAUGACACCAAAGGUAUUAGGCUACUUAAGAAGAUGUGCCCACAGUAUGCUGGCAAUAGAAAGACCUGUUGCUCUGCUAAGAUGCUUAACGAUAUGCAAUUCGAAGUCUAUUUUACUGUGGACAAGUUGGCAAGUGACUGCCCCGCCUGCUAUCAGAAUUUGAUGACACUGUACUGUGAGAUGAUCUGCAGUCCUGACCAGUCUCUCUAUGUGAGUCCGCAAACGGUCAAGCAUCAUAAUUCUAAAAGACAAAUCACUCAACUGAACUAUUACGUGUCUUCUUCAUUCAAGAAAGCUCUUUAUGACUCGUGUAAAGAUGUCGUUGUUCCCUACAGCGAUAAUUCUAACAUGGCCAUGGAAACAAGGUUUCUAUGCGCACGUAAGGCUUCAGAAUGCACCCCCCAGAAACUGGUUGAGAACAUAGGUAGAAAGGAAAGUGGCAAUUUUCCUAUCAGUACACUUUUUCCUGAGUCUCUUCCCCAGAACAUGAYSUGGAUGGAUAAGACGGCCUACAAGUGCAACAAGGAUUUUACAACACCAUGGAAUAAACGACGUCGUASUUGCUAUUGCGAUGACUGCGCUAGUGCAUGCCCUAAACCUAAUAGAUCUCCUCCACGAAAUGUGCAURGCCAGAUAUACAAGUUGAGUUUGAAGAUACAGAAACUACUCUCCAAUGUCGUCAAAAAAGCUACAAAGCCUUUCUUUUGAGCAAACUGGUAGUUUGUCUGCUUGAGGGGAAGAGGAAAUGUGGAUGGAAUAUGAAAACGAUUUUUGCAAAUGAAUUUAUAUGUGUAGAUGAGUAUUUGUAUUUGAUUAACUUCAAGCUAAGAAUUGUCAGUUUUGAUUUGAAAUGCGUUAUUUAGACUUAGAUAUUGAUUAUUGUUAAUAUCAUAUGUGGUAUUGUGUACUAUAMAGUUUUUCAUAGUUAAUAAGUUAUAGUGAAGAUUCUUAUAGAUCUGCUUGGAAACCAUGACAAAGCAUUGAAAAAAGAGACAAGCUACAACAUUUUGAUUUUGACUGUUUGUAAAAGAAACUUGGGUAUACAUGAAAUAAAUAUGUUGUGAUUUCAUAA